AUGAUGGCUCCUCCAUCUGAAGAACGAAAACAUACAGAACCACAAGAUACCAAUCUACAAACUCAAGAUAGCGAUUCCCCUACGCCCAUCGCAAGUCCCGUUGAGGAGUUUGAUGACGACGACAAUGAUGAGAUACCUCUUACUCUGGCAGCUUCGGUAGUCUUGUCGGAUUUGCCUAAAGAUGCAGCUACUGCCUUAGCGGAUAUAGUAGCUGCGACAGCCUCUCAGCAAGACAAAAAGAUUAUUGUACGAUUCAAGGCUGUCGGGUCGGCCCCUCAGCUCGCUCAGGACGUUUGCAAGAUUAGUGCUGCUCGCCGUUUUGAAGAGGUGGUACGCUAUCUUAGGCGGAAGCUACGAUGCGCCGAAACAGACAGUGUAUUUCUUUAUGUUAACAGCGCUUUCGCUCCAAGCUUGGAUGAAGUUGUCGGAAAUCUACACCAGUGUUUCAAAAAUUCAUCAGAUCACCUUGUUGUGGCGUAUUCAAUGACGCCGGCUUUUGGAUGA